GCGAUCUUCAGAGACACAGAAGAAUCCAUACAGGAGAAAAGCCUGACUAUGAAGUAGCAGCCCCAAAGCACCACAAGCUGGUUGAUCCUGAUAGAAAUCUGAAGAGGAAACUCUGUGAGAAACAUCAGAAAAGUCUGGAGAUGUUUUGUAAAACUGACGAGAUUUGUAUCUGCAUGAUGUGUGGAAUGACCGAACAUAAUGGUCAUGAAAAGGUCGAGCAGAAGAUGGAAAGAGAAGGAAAACAGAAACAGCUGGGGGCGACACUGAGUGAAAUUAGGAGGAGACUUGAAGAGAAAGAGAAGAAACUGAAGGAGACAACGAGGACAGUGGAGGAGAUGAAGCUUUCUGUGGAAAGAGUGAUGAGGGAACACGAGAAGAGCUUCACUGAUCUGAUUCACUGCAUUGAGGAAGCCCACAAGAAAUUGAAAGAGAGGAUCAGAGAACAAGAAAAGAGAGAAAUGGAGAAGGCUGAAGGAGUCGUGGAGCAACUGGAG